GAAUGUUCAAUAUUCGUCUUCGAGAAGAAAAUUGCAGAAAAACUGCACAAGCCGAGACGCAAGGAAACCGUAACGGAAUUGCUGAAAAAUUCAGUAAAAACAAUGGAAAGAUUUCGUCAUCCAAGGAUUCUGCAAGUUAUGCACACGGUGGAAGAAUCAACAGAUACCUUAGCUUUCGCCGCUGAACCCAUUUUUGCUAGCCUUUCAAAUAUUUUAGCUUUUCAUGAAACAAAAACUUAUGAAAAUAUUGCUAUGCCAUCGAAUACAGGCGGCACUGGCACACAGAGCAGUCAACAACAAAAUACAGCAAUACCGCAAAGGCCAGCACAUGCGAAGGAGUAUAAUUUUUUGGAUAUCGAAUUGAAAUAUGGUUUUCUACAGCUUGUGGAGGCUUUAUCCUAUUUACACUAUUCGGGCCACGUUAUUCAUCGAAAUGUAUGUCCAUCAUCGAUAUUAGUUACCAAGCGUGGUACCUGGAAGCUGGCUGGCUUAGAAUUUAUUGAAAGAAUGAAUGAGACUGAUGUAAAUGAGUUAGUUCCUUGUCAACCCUGGAGUAACAGGGUUUCAAAAAUGGCUCAACCAAAUUUGGAUUUUAUGGCUCCCGAGACUCAAUUAACUUCGAAGGGCAGCCUACUUAGUGAUAUGUUUUCAUUGGGUUUAGUAAUUUGUGCUGUAUUCAACAGUGGUCGACCGCUUAUACAAGCCGGUAAUAUAGUUUCGAAUUAUAUGAAGCAAUUGGAAACGCUGGAAGAAUCUGUGCAGAAAAUGUUGCCGCGUGUACCGGUACCACUGCAGGAGGCCACCUCCCGUUUGGUCAGUCGAGAUCCCACCGCAAGGCCGACGGCGCAACUUUUGCAGUUAAUUAAGUAUUUUGUCGAUCCCGCCGUAAAUGCACUUAAGUUCUUGGAUGUGGUCAACAUGAAGGAUACAUCGCAAAAAUCUCAUUUCUAUAAAAAUACGCUAAUGGAAGCGAUGCCGCUGAUACCCAGGAAAUUAUGGUGGCAAAAUGUGUGGCCAAUGUUGCAGGCUGAAAUUAGCAAUGGAGAAGUACUGGCAGCAGUUUUACAACCGGUCAUUACACUCAUACAAGAAGCAUCUCCCAGUGAAUACGAGUCGAUUAUGGCACCUACAAUGAAAGUUAUUUUCGGUUCACCUAAAUCCAUCCAGGCUACUGUGACUUUACUGGAGAAUUUGCAUUUGAUUAUUGAGAAGACCGCACCGGGCGAUGUCACCACUGACAUUAUUCCUAUGCUGUUUUUUGCAUUCGAAAGCUCAACAAUACAAGUACAGAGCGCUGCCGUUGUCGCUGUAACAAAUAUAUUUGACAACAUUGAGGAUGUUUCAAUAAGGCGUAUGGUUGUGCCAAAGGUGAAAUCAGUAUUCGAAAAAAAUCUUGCCGAUCCCAAAAUUGUGCAAAACGUACUCAUCUGCAUAGAAAGGCUGAUGGAUAAAUUGGAACGAGCUCAGGUCAUGGAAGAAGUGCUACAGCUGCUUGGCGAUGUUCGCUUACCUGAACCAGAUAUUGUUAUGCGUACUGUGCAUAUUUAUCACAAAAUGGUUGUCGAUAAAUCAUAUGGACUGACUGUGGAGACAAUGGCAAUACAUGUGCUUCCGCUAUUAAUACCGCAUACCGUUAAUCCUGGUUUAAAUCUCGAGCAAUAUUUGAUGCUUUCCGAGGUGGUGCAAGAGAUGUUCGAACAAAUUGACCGACAGCAACGUAAUAAAUUGAGGCUGGACAAUCUGUCAAUACCAUCACCAGAACGUCAUCGCCCAUUGCGACAUCAAUUCUCAUCGGAUAACAUGAAUGCCCCACCAUUCAACAUUCCCAAUUUACGUAUCGAUCAGCGGAAAACAUCUAGUGCUGAGGAUAUGGCACGAAAGAAUUCCGGAGGUUCAGGCAUGCUGGGAGGUUGGUGGUUCGGUUGCUCACCUUCAUCGCCCGAUAGUAAUUUCCUGCGCGUGGCUAAUGCAUUUCCCAAUCGCCGUCUCUCGGAUAACACAUUGAUGACGCCGAAAAUACGCAUAGCGCCAUCGUGUGCUUCCUCGCCUGGUGGUACGCCAGGCAGUGGACUGCCAACGCGUCGACACUCUAGCAUCGGACCACAAGAGCGACGCGGCUCGACAAUCAAUCUGUCACCGCCUACUGUAAGUGGCCGCCUUCCUUUCAACACAUCCAUCUACUGUUCAUCUUAUGGCGGUGUGUGCAUUUAA